AUGGGAAAUCUCGAGUACGAGCCCAUGAAAGUGUGCGACUUGCCCCGAUUUGAGAAACUUAACCCUACUAUCAGCAUUACGGUUCUGUGUGUGGAGGACGAGGCGGACAAAGACGCCAGGGGUAAAAAGCGGACAAUCUUUCCCCUGUACUGCCCUCAGGAGAAAAAAGAGCAUCACAUCACUCUGUUGUUAAUAUCCGAUGAGGGACGGCAGCAUUACGUGCUCGUGCGUGAUAUUCACGCAUUUUUGGCAUCACAGUCUCGCAACGAACACCGGAGGUUUUACUGUUGUUACUGCCUCAACCGUCUGCAGACGGAAGAGAAACUGGAGGAGCAUGAAAAAGUGUGUCGCCAGUUUGGAGCUCAAAAAACAGAGUAUGCCAAGCCUGGCUCGUACGAAGUGUUUGACUCACGGCGCUUUCCAAAAAUGCAGAGGGUGCCCUUUACCGCGUAUUAUGACUGGGAAUCGGUCUUAGUUCCCCUGCCUGCUGACGGUGACGCAACGACCGUGCGCACCCAGCGGCACGAUCCUGUUGGAUAUUCCAUCGUGGUGGUUGAUUGGCAGGGAAAUGUGGUCCGUACGGUGACCCACUCUGGUGAGAAGGACGUGGGAAAGCACUUCGUGGACACCGUGUUGGAAUUAGAGAAAGAAUUGUGGGACAUGCGUCCCAAUUUCCCUCUCCACAUGUCGGCGCAGCAGCAGGCCGACUUUGAAAGGGUGACCUCGUGUUAUCUGUGCGGUAAAGGGUUUAAGAGCCCCCAAGAUCGCGUCCGGGAGCACGAGAGAUUACAGGAGAGGGACAAUUUUCGCGGGCCAGCGCACGCAGAAUGUAAUUCAGCCAUUAAGCGCACGACUUUCCUUCCCCUUGUCGCCCACAAUGGCUUCCGGUACGACGUGCACCACGUGUUUCGUGCAUUCAUCCAGCACCCCAAGCUGGUUGACAAACGAGUCACUGUGCUGGCUAAAACUCACGACACGUAUCGAAGCGCCACUAUUUUCCUGGGGGAGGAGGGUCGUAGCAUCAAACUGUUGGACAGUUUUCAAUUUUUUUCUUCCUCAUUGGAUGGUAUAACCAAAAAUUUGCAAGAUGAGGAUCUCAAAUUGCUGUUUCAAGAGUAUCCCGACCCUCAACAUCAGGCUCUGCUUAGGCAAAAGGGUGUCUUUUGCUACGAACAUGUCCGGUCGUAUAAGCAGCUGUGCGAUGAGACCCGCUUACCGCCACGAGAAGCUUUCUAUUCGUCCCUCACCAGAGCGUUGCCGUCUGAGGAGGAGUAUGCCAGGGCGCAGCAAGUGUGGGAUGGGUUGGGGUGCCGAACACUGCUGGACUACAUGACGCAUUACCUCAAGAGCGACGUGUUGCUCCUGGCUAGUUUUUUCACUAAAUUCAAGGCCAUGACUUAUGCAAAAUAUGGGUUAGAAGUGUGUCACUUUGUAUCUGCGUCAUCCUUGUCUUGGUGCCAGGCUCUCAAAUUUACCAAGGCGGAGGUGCAGCUUAUAGACGACCCGGAUAUGUAUCAAUUCUUUGAGCUUCAAAAGCGGGGUGGUAUGUCUUGUGUUAUGAAACGGUACGCCGAGGCGAACGUGCCGGGCCCGUCGACUUACGACCCAAGUUUGCCCAACAAGUAUCUGUACUUGUGGGACGUCAAUGCCCUGUACAGCCAUGAAAUGUGCAAAAAGCUACCCGUUGGGGACUUUAAGUGGGUGGAUGCUGAGGCUCUGGCACUCGUUGACUGGAAAAGUGUGUCCGAGGACGACAACACGAUGUACACGGUGGAAGUGGACCUGGAGUAUGACGAGUCCCUUUUUGAGAGCCACAACGAAUGGCCGUGUGCCGUCGAACGAUGCACUGUCCCUAGAGAAUGGUACAGUCCGUACCAGCAGGAGUUGGCCAAAAAUUUGCCGGAAGGACAGCUGAAGCAGCCCAAGUUAGUGGCUCAUUUGGGUCCAAGGAAAAAUUACAUUGUGCAUGGGGCAGUCUUGGCUCGGUAUCUGCAGCUGGGGAUGCGAGUGACUCGUUUCCACCGGGGCGUGCGUUACCGCCAGGAGUCCUGGCUUAAAAGCUAUAUUGAGGAUUUAAUGGAUGCCAGGAAGAAGACGAAACUGCCGUUUGAGGUGCAAGCCCUUGUGGCGGCACGGGUACACCCGUACUCACCACUGAACUAUUGCAACAGAGGGCACCGCAUUCCAAGCUGA